ACACACACAAUACGAGGGGUGUGUUAUAUUAUGGGCGUUACUAGAUAAUUCGCCCACCUACACCACACGUUAUCACAAGUAUUGCUUAUACAACCUCUUGGAUAUUAUAACAGAGAGUAGGAUAUUUUGUAGACGUUAAUAACAUUCGAUUUUUAUCAUUAUCGCUAUAACAUCAGCUGUGUGAUAGCCUUUGGCAACUGAAGGUAUUACAGACUCUUAUUGAUACACAGAGAGGCGGUAAGAAGGUGAGGCUUCAAGAUGACGGCACUGGCAUUUAAAGAACACAGAGAACAUUUGAAGCGGUUGGGAGUUCCCCGGAUUGAUCCGAUGAAACAGUCCGUCGAGAAACAGGGUACAACUGAAUAUGUCCGAGUCAACCCCAUCACAGCUAAGCUUGGUCAAGAACUCGAUUUCUUCAACGGCGUGGAAACCCUCAAUGAUGUCUUCAAGAGAGGCAUGAGACUGUCCAAUAACGGAGAUUGUUAUGGAUGGAGGCCCGAGCCCAAGGGAAGAUACAGAUGGGUUACAUACGAUCAUAUCUACCAAAGAGCCGGGAACUUAGGAUCUGGUCUCAUUUCUGACGGGGUGGAGCCUGGACAGCAGACUAUGAUUGGACUAUAUUCGCAGAACAGAAUUGGGUGGAGUAUUACCGAGCAGGCGUGCAAUCGAUUCUCGUUCGUCCUCAUCCCUCUCUACGACACGCUCGGACCAGAUGCUUGCAAGUACAUCAUCAACCAAGCUGAAAUUUCUACAGUCGUGUGUGACACAGAGGCACGGGCGAGCCUUCUCCUCAAGAAAGCCGAUCAGAUGCCUGGUUUGAAAAGAAUCGUCUUGAUGAGCCCAAUCACAGAUGAAUUGAGGAAAACAACGGAGGAGUUGGAUGUCAAACUCCUUCAGUAUCGAGAAGUCGAGGAGAAUGGAUUGAACAACAAACAGCCAGACCUGCUUCCCAAGAGAUCCGACCUAUGUACGGUUUGUUACACUAGCGGGACCACCGGGAACCCCAAGGGAGCCAUGCUUACACACAACAACAUGGUCAGCAACCUAAGUGCCUUUAUGGCACUCAUAAAUGAUAAAGCACCUAUCAGCAACGAGACUCACUUUUCCUAUCUACCGUUGGCGCACAUCUAUGAACGAUUUGCCCAGGCACUAGUCCUAGCACACGGUGGUCGUAUCGGCUUCUCUUCGGGUGAUAUUAAGCUCCUCACCGAUGACAUUGCAGCUCUCAAACCAACCAUCAUGCCUGUCGUACCGAGGGUCAUGAACAGAAUCUACGACAAGUUUCUCCAGGGCGUGAAAGAGAAAGGCAAGCUAAAAUUCGCCGUCUUCAACCUAGCCAGGAAGAAAAAACUUGCACUGCUGAUGAAGGGCAAUACACGCACAGAUACAAAGUGGGAUAAAAUCUUCAAACCACUCAGAGAAAUUAUGGGCGGAAACAUUCGCUUCAUGACGACCGGUUCAGCGCCUACAACAGAGGAAACCAAAAACUUCUUCCGAUGUGUUCUGGGUGUAACGCUUCUGGAAGGCUACGGACAAACGGAGACCACAGCGGUAAUAACGUGCGGUAUUCCUGCGGACAUGUCCCCCGGUAAUGUGGGUUCUCUCAUGCCCGGUGUCGAGAUGAAACUGGUGGAUGUCCCAGAUAUGAACUACUUCGCCAAGAACGGACAGGGAGAGGUUUGUAGCCGCGGUAACAACAUCUUCACCGGGUACCUGAAAGAUGAGGAAAAGACGCGGGAGACAUUUGAUGAAGACGGUUGGAUGCACUCUGGGGACAUCGGAAAAUGGAUGCCGAACGGUACGCUAAAGAUCAUCGACAGGAAGAAGAAUAUCUUCAAGCUACAGCAAGGAGAGUACGUCGCUCCAGAGAAGGUAGAAACAAUCUACCAAAGAAGUGAAUUUGUGGCACAGGUCUAUGUCCACGGAGAUAGCUUACAGAGUUUCUGUGUCGCCAUCAUCGUGCCGGAUGAGGAAGUGCUGGUUAAAGUAGGAAAGUCGAAGGGACUCGGAUCAAACUUUGAACAACUCUGCAAAAAACAGGAAGUCAACCAGAUGAUCCUCAACGACUGUGUGAAAAUCGGAAAGGAAGCUGGACUCAACUCAUUUGAACAAGCAAAGAAACUGUAUUUGUGCUGGACAUUGUUCUCCCUGGAAAAUGGGCUUCUCACCCCUACCAUGAAAUCGAAGCGUCCAGCGCUGAGGGACCAUUACAAGAUUCAGAUCGAUGCUAUGUACGGACAGAAAUAAAACCUUUCAUUAUGGAUGACGUCAACGUUUAUGUGUUCCUUUCUAUCAUAUCUUUUGUUUUUUUCUAUUAUAUCUUUUUUUUUAGCUGCAUUUUUUCAUAGAUUCUUUCGUGUGUUUUAUUUCAUUGUUACAUGUGUACCAACAUUUUCCUUUUAUUUUAUAAAGAUUUUCAUACUUCCUAAUCGAAACAUGUCUAAGAUAUUGUCAACCGUAUAAGACCUACCACUUAUUGAACCAAUUUCAGUUACGAGCGACUUUUAAGUUACUAUGUAAUGAUGUAACAUUAUGUAAUACGAAUUAAAGCUACUUGAAAACACUGGAUUUUGGUAAAUCGGUAAACAAGUUAAAUGGUUUUAGCAUGCAAUAUUUUUUAUAGUUUUUAACAGUAAUGUUGUAUCGGGAGAAUUUUUUUUUUUCUCUUCUUCUUCAGUAAAAUUAGAAAUGACGAUAACUGUUUCUGCUCUGACUAUUACAUAUGGCCGCUUUUAGAAUAGCGCUCAGAUUGGCCUUGAGUGACUUUAUAAACCUAGUACUUAAAGUGCACUUAACAGGGUAUUAGCAAGUGAAAAGUGAUUCUUUCUUUCUGUAUAUGUAUGUUUGUAUGUAUAUAUUAUUCUCUAAAUU